AUGAUUUCAAUUGAAUUGUUUAUUCUCCACCCUGAACAUGUUGUAGUUCACCUGAGCAACUGUACUUUGAAAUCUGUGGGCGGCGGCAUCAACGACCCCCUCUCCUCCAAGCGCGGCGUCAUCAACGACAACCUCAUCCCCAAGGGCGGCGUCAUCAACGACCCCCUCUCCUCCAAGCGCGGCGUCAUCAACGACCCCCUCUCCUCCGAGCGCGACGUCACCUACAGCAUCCUCUGCAAGGACGGCGAGACUGCGAUGGCGGACGUGCUGCCCCACAUCGUCCAUUCUGAGUUGGAGAAGAACCCAGGCUCCCCUACACUGAAGCGGCAGGAGCGCGAUGAAAACCCGGAAGAGGAGAAAUCUCUGUCCCCACCCAUGAAGCGUUGCGACAUUGUGGACAUCAAGGUGGAGCAACUGGAUCGCCCGCCGCUUCCACCGCGUCAGGUCAUCGGACCUGACGAACAUGGGUUCAAGCGCUACGUAGACUAUUCUUGGGUGGGGAAUCGCAAGGUCCGGACAGUGACCACCACGCGAGUGCACAAGAUAGCAACCGUGCGCGUUAGCAAAAGGGUUCUGGAACGCCGUAAGACCUGGUGUAAGUUUGGAGAUGCGGAGAACGAUGACAGGGAGAUAGCGAAGAUCCGGCUUCUAAGGACAAGUACAUCCGGCAUCGUGAAGCUUGAGAGGCCCCCAAACUUCAUCCCAGCAGCCAGUGUCCCUUCAGCCCCUAGGCUGUCGCCGACGAAGGCAGCCUCGGCUGCGCGCGAACAAGUUCUUGCAAAGGGAGGACCGGCCGUGGCUGCUGCCAGGGCGGCUGCGGCAGCGGGAGCUGAAGCCCGCGGACUCGACGUUUACCCAGGCGAUACCAAGACAGAGAGUGAGUGCUUCGUGGUCAGGAUUGAUCAGUUACCGUUGGAGUCCACAGAAGACAAUGUUCGCGUGCUGAUGGAGCAGUUCGGUGGGGUGAAGCAUGUGUUCAUUGCAAGACACCCGAGGACCAGAGCGUCUCUUCGGUAUGCGUUCGUCUACUUCUUCGAGAAGGAAGAUGGAGAAGCAGCGGUCGAAGCUCUCUCUGAUGGGCUGGAAGCAAGGGUGGUCGGGAUGCUUACAUGUUAAACUGUCCGGUGGGAAUUAGUGUGGCAGUUAGAGGUUACUGAUGUGGGUUGUCCAAUUGGUAUUUCUCUAGAUAAGAGUCCAGUCUUUGUUGUGGUAUAGAGUUCAGUCGUGUUGAGAUGAACUGUCCAGAUAGAGUCCAGUGAUGUUGAGUGAUGUCAGACCACUUGCGAAUGAAGUUGAAUGGUUAUUUGCCUUGUCCGUGUGAUGAAUUUGUGUGAGUUUCGUGGAUACUAUUGUUGUGUUCUUAUCACUUUU